AUGUCAUUUCUCAGAGACUUGCUCGAGCUGACUUUUCCAGUUGCCUACGCUGCUGAGCCAGACGAAGAGGUUGAGGCCGGCACCGACGAAGUCAAUGACGACGCCAGCGAAGACGCCAGCGAAGAUGACAGCGAGGACGCCAACGAGGGUGCCAGCGAUGAGGCCAGUGAAGACGCUGACGAUGCUGAAGAAGGCGGCGAUGACGACGAAGAUGAAGACGACGAGGACGAAGAUGACGAGGACGAGGAGGAGGUGACCGACCCAUUUGACGAAUUGCGUGAAGAGUGCAGCAAGAGCGCCUCGUGUGUGCCUUACGUCCACCACUUUGACGAGUGUGUUGAGAGAGUCCACAAGGAGCAAGAAGAAGAGGACUACGCCCAAAAGGCGUACAAGGAGGACUGUGUCGAGGAGUUCUUCCACUUGCAGCAUUGCAUCAACGACUGCGCCGCCCCUAGGUUGUUCUACAAGUUGAAGUGA